AUGAGUGCUCAGCAGACCCGCCACGCGCGGGCAUCGAGCGACAGAGCGCAGACAAUGCCCCCUGGGGUGCCGCAGCGCCCCGGCAUGGGAAGUCGCACCUCGUCUGCUCCGGAAGGUGGAUUAUACAAAUUGGAUGCAGGACGAAGACCGACCUCUGCGGCCAAGGUCGGACAUACGUUGUUGGAGGAAGACGAGGGGUCUUCGAGCACGAGUCAUGAAACGCCGAAGCGUUCGCGGUCCCGGCGCCGUAGUGAAGAGGAAUCCUCCAAAUCCAGUCUACCGGAAGUUACAAUUGCCGUGGUGGGAGAAGAUGAUGCGGGUAAGACGAGCUUUAUUAAGUCCGCAUUGGAUAUGAAGGGGACCCCUUCGUCUGUCUCCACGAAGAAGAAGAUGUCUUUGGAUGGCUCCGUUUAUAUUGUCCGAUUGUUGGAGAUUGACUUGAAGCAAGUCACAUUCGACCAGGAUCUAAACAUCGUUUGGCCGAGGGUGGGCAAGGAUUCGGCCGGGCCGAUCGUCGAUGGGGUUUUGCUUUUACAUGAUGCAACUCAGCCAGAGAGGCUAGAAAAGACCGUUGAACUUGCAGAUGCCCUGGAUGACACCACCGUCCCAUGCGUACUGGUUGCCUGCAAAUGUGACCAGCUCCCCGAAGACGGUGAGCUUGGUCCGAUCCAUGAGCGACACGACAUCUACCGUACUUCGCCCGAGUCACCACGGUCCCAGCAAAUGUGCAUCGCACUGGUGCUACGAUCUGUUAUCGGUCAUCGAGCAGACCUGGCCGCGUCUGACCGUAGUAGUAACCCUCCUCCUCCGUCGGCUCAACCUCAACAUCCCCCGUUCGCCCCUCCCCCGCCGAGGACGACCACCAAAUCUUUUCAACCCAACCCUUCUCCUCCCGAUUGGCACCACACCCGCGCCAAUUCAGAAACUCCCUCUGUCGUUCUUUCUGGAGCCGCUGGCGGCUCAGUCACUUCGGUCUCGGAUCGCACUGUCGAUGGCAACGGCGUUCAUCGUCUGCCUACCGACCAGGUCCACCCAUCCAAUCUGGCGCAACAGCAUGCUUCAAGUUCGUCUCGAAAUGCCAGGAGUAAUUCCCACCCGGUCCGACCGCAAACUCCGCCAACUGGCGCGCGGCUGAAUCCUCGCCGACCGUCUGCUCAGGGAGAUCUUUCUCCUACCCAAGAACACAUUCGCCAGCGACUACAGCCUUCCUGGCGACACAGCGGAGGCUCGGACGCCUUCAACAGCUUUUUGAAUAUGGAAGACGAGAUGGACGAUGGAGCACAGCCCGCUAGCCCCGGCGCCGUCUUGCGCCCGAAACCGAGCAGCGAGAGCAAUUCCAGUGCAGAGUUUGGAUUAAGCUUUGACGAACUUGUCGAUCGGCUGGUCGCUUUGCCAAUGUCGAAGCAGGACUCGAAAUUCAGCGCCAUCUUCCUCUGUCUGUAUCGGAAAUUCGCCGCUCCGUCUACCCUCCUCAACGCAUUGAUCAGUCGCUUUGAGAAAAAUGAGACCAGCAACGUCGACCAGCUCGCCCGCAUGGCAGAUCAAUUGCGCCUUUUAAACGUGAUCGCCUCAUGGGCAUCUGAAUACCCUGGCGAUUUUGCCAAUCCCAAAACUAAAAAACGCAUCAACGAGUUUGUUAUGAAUCUUGAAAAAAGCCAUUUCUACAUGUUUGCCGCGAAGGAAAUUGGAUCAUACCUCGACACCAAUGCUGAGGAUGAUGAUAUAGGAUGGGCAUUCGGUGACGGCGAUGUUGACGAAUCGACUCUCACCGAAACAUUCUUCGAUAAUUCUGGUCGGAGCUCCCCCGUUCCCUUCAUGACCGGCACCUAUGACGAUGACGAUGACGACGAAGUGGAAGAAGACCCCAUUUACAGCAGUAUGAGCGCCUUGGAUCUGAGUGGUGAAGGGCCACACGAUUCUACCUCACGUCUCUCCGGAACCCUCUCUAUCUCCUCAAACACCGACAAACCUUCUAGCACAAUGAACCAAUCAUUCACCCUCUUGACUGUGGAGGCUGCUCAAAAGGAAGCUCUGCGUCUCGAAAUGACCGGCCGGACUUCACUCACCAAGAUCCAAUGGCGGUACUUCAUGGAGACACCCGAUGAGGAAUUCGCCCGGGAAUUGACCCGUAUUGACUGGAUCAUGUACAACUCAUUCCGACCUCGCGAUCUCGUGCGUCAUGUCAGUAUCUCUGGCGUGGACAAAGACAAGAUCAAAAGCUUGCAGAAUGUCAACCGGAUGAUCAAGCAGUUCAAUCAUGUGGCCUUUUUUGUGGCCAGUAUGAUUCUUCUUCGCGAUAAACCCAAGCAUCGAGCGAGGUGCCUGGAGAAGUUUAUGAGCAUCGCAGUGAAACUACGUCGCCAAAAUAAUUACAACGCCCUCGGUGCCGUAAUCGCUGCUAUCAACGGCACCCCUGUUCACCGACUCACCCAGACCAGGGAAAUGAUUCCAGUCGCUAGCCAAAAAGAGUUCAUGCGAUUGGUCAUCCUUAUGAGUACCUCACGCAGUCACUCUGCCUACCGACUAGCGUGGGAUAACUCUUUCUCCGAACGAAUUCCAUUCCUCCCUCUACAUCGUCGUGACCUGGUCUCCGCGGAGGAAGGAAAUAAAACCUUUGUGGGUGAGAACAAAUCUCGAAUCAAUUGGAAGAAAUUCGAGGUCAUGGGAGAGGUGGUUAUCGGUAUCCAGCGGAGCCAGAAGAGUCCUCACCCUCAAGCUCAGAAAUACGAUGAUAUUGAGCGAUUAGUCCUGGAUUCAAAAUUAUCCGGCGAUGAAGAGGAUCUGUAUGCUCGCAGCUUGCAGCUUGAACCGUCGACUGGAAGCGAGACCGGGCGUAGAAAGUUCGCCUGGCUACGCGCCUAG